AUGGUGAAGCCAUCGUCGUGCAGCGAGAAACUAGCAGAGUUGAAGAAAGGGCCAUGGACUCCUGAAGAAGAUCAGAAGCUCAUGUCCUACAUUCAACUACACGGCCAUGGGAGCUGGUCUUCCUUACCUGCAAAAGCUGGACUCCGGAGGUGUGGGAAGAGCUGCAGACUGAGAUGGAUUAAUUAUCUAAGACCUGACAUCAAACGAGGCAACUUCAGCUCGCAGGAAGAUCAAACCAUUAUUCAACUUCAUGCUCUUCUCGGAAACAAAUGGUCGGUGAUAGCACAUCACUUGCCAAAGAGAACAGACAAUGAGAUCAAGAAUUACUGGAACACCUGCCUGAAAAGGAGGCUCACCAGAAUGGGUGUAAACCCAACCACCCACAAGCCCCUGCACGACGUCGUCAAGGACGCUGCCAACCUCAGCCAUAUGGCUCAGUGGGAGACUGCUCGGCUCGAGGCUGAAGCGAAGCAGCAAAUCAAAGAACACCCAAAGAUGCAGCUCCAGAACCAGCUCGGCUCCUCCUCCUCCUCCUCCUCCUCCUCCCAGCCUCCACUCACUCGGCUCGUGCUCAACAAGGUCACACCUCGUCCAUCGCCACCUCCGUGCCUCGACGUGCUCAAGGCAUGGCAGAAUUCUUGGUCGUCCACGUCAACUGAGAACACUCCCAUAAUGCAUAGCAUGUACGCCAUGAUGCUCGCCGCCGACGACCUCGAGUCGCCGGCUUCCACUUUGAGCUUCCCGGACUCCGUCCCUACCAACUCCAAACGUACUGAUGGUAAUACUACCUUUGGGCUGAUCAGUCAAAGUUCACUUCCUUCCUCGUCUUCCCCUGUCACAGGCGGCGAAAUUAUGGCGGCGGUGGAAACAUUCAGAUCAACAGGGUAUGACUGUAAUUCCGUGCAGGAAGGUCUUCAUCAUGACGAUGUGUUUGGAGUCUUAAGUGUCGGGAAUGGAGGAAGCGACAACUUUGAGGAAGAGACGCAAGAUUGGGAAGCCAUUCUCGAGUUGGUCAAUGGUUUGCCCUCAUCAGCACCCUGUUUUCCUGAGCUGUGA